AUGAAUCAACAUCAAGCCAAUAACUUUCUUGCACAUCACAGUGGUAGCUUUAAUCCAACUGGAGGUCGGUUGGAAAACUCAUCAUCAUCCUUCACUGCUGGUUUGCGUCAUCCAGAAAACAAUAUUGUUCGGAUUGGGUCAGAAACCUAUUACACUGUGGGAAACAUUCAACAAAAUGGUUAUGAUAUGACUAACAAUGUUCAGCAAUCCCGAUGGCCACCUCAGCAGUCCUUUCCAGCGACCGGUCUUCCACGUCUCCCACCAACUCAGACAUGCGAGGUCAGAUCAACCGGUCCAAUGUCUGGAUCAAUUCUUGGUUCUGCGGUGAACUCAGGUUCUAACCUUAUUCCAAAUUCGUCGGCUCAAAUCUGGGAUAUUGGUACACCUGGCCUAUCUUCCCUUUCCAAUGGAGCCGUCUCUUCAACCAACAAGAAAGUAAUCACUCGUGUCGAUCAAUGCCCAGACUUUUGGAACCUCCCGGUUAGUCACUUGUAUGAAUGGCAAAGGAUGGUAGAUAUUCAGGAUCAUAGUGUCCAGGAUUACUUCAAUCAAGCGUUGAAAAAAGCAGAAGACGACUUGGAUGAGCCGGACUUUGAUGGUAGUGACUCAGCGAAAUUCAAAUUCAACGGCACCUGUCCCAGCCAACUCGAUCUCUUGUUCAUGCGAUGCCUUGCAGAACUCAGUCCUUUUGGUACACCGGGUAAAAAGUUGAAAGUAUUCAAACAGUGUGCAACGUUGUUGAAGACCGAACCUGGAACUCAAAGAUAUUUUCGAGAACUUUCAGAUAGUACCCACAGCAAAGUCCUUACAACACGAUACUGCCAAUUGAAGACUUGGCUUAAAGCCGCUGAAGGGUGGAGUAAGAUGGACAGUGGGACCGUCGAAGAUGACAAGGAGCUGCGUGAAUUGAUCCACACAGUCGAGCAUGAGGAAGAGAACGGCCUAGCUCUCAAACUAGCUUCCAAGGAGGAACGUGAGACACUCAAGAACCGAUAUAUGCUGGCAGAGGAUUACCGUGAUCGGGCUGCAAGAGGGGAAGUACGUAAGCGCUCAGAAACCCCCUCAGAAACCGACAACGAUGGCAGAUUGAUUAGCAGGAAACCCAAGAAGGCCCGCAACUCAGCUGCAUCCCAUGCAAACGCGGUCAUGGAGGAGCUGAGUGCUUUUAGUGGCGAAAUGAGUAAGAUGAAUGAAGCCGCUUUGACCGCUCAAGCAGAGCAAAACAACAAAAUAAACCUCCUUUACGAACGUGAGCUCACCAUAGCUGCCGCGGCGGCUAGAUCUCUAGAAGCACAUCGCAAGGCAGAACUGGCCCUUGAACAAAAAAAAUUCGAGUUGGCAUCUGAGCAAUCAAAAACCACAAACCUCACCUUAGAAGCUCUUGACGCUAAAGUAGACUCAAAAAUGACCUCAAUCAAUGACGCCUUGGCAGCAAUCAUGACUCAACUUUCCUCGCGUGUGCAAUGA